UCGUGACAAUCACAAUGACAUGCAAAUUCUUCUUCUUCUUCUUCUUCUUGAAGUUGCAGCCAUUGUUGUAGCUUCUACUCAAAAUCAUUUCAUUCAGUUGCUUAAAAACCACUGCAUGUGUUCAUUACUCCUUUCUUGGUUCAACCGUCACCUUCACUUUCUGCUAGAUCCAAGAGAUUCUAAAGAAAAUUUUCAAUUCUAGGUUUUCUUUUAAGUUUUAACUUCAUUUUCACGAUUUCCUGUUUCAUUUAUAUAUUAACCUAACCAUCAUUGCAUAUUCGUGACAUCGAUCGAUGAAGGGUGUUUUAGGUUUGAGUUCACUAGUGUAUUUGAGGCCUAAUCUCAAAAGGGUUUUAGUUUCCUUCACUCAUUUUGCUGACAAAAUAUGGACUUUUCUUCUGAUUGGAUCAUUUCUGUCAAUUUUUUUAGCAUCUUCUUGUUGGUACCUAUUUUCAUCCAAUUCCCAUCAACCAUUUCUCAAGAACUAUGAGAUUCUUAAUUCAAAUCAUUCAAAGGGUAUAUGUGAUUUCUUUGAUGGGAGAUGGGUUUAUGAUGAAACACAUUACCCUUUAUACAAUGCAUCUCAAUGCCCGUUUGCAGAAAAGGGUUUUAAUUGUUUAGCUAAUGGGAGAAACGAUAUUGGUUAUUUGAAAUGGAGAUGGAAGCCAAACAACUGCGAAAUUCCAAAGUUGAAUGUUCUCAGUGUUCUUGAGAAGCUUAGAGGGAAAAGGGUUGUGUUUGUUGGUGAUUCUUUGGGUAGAACUCAAUGGGAAUCGAUGAUAUGUAUGUUAAUGGAAGGAAUAGAAGAUAAGAGAAGUGUGUAUGAAGUAAAUGGGAAUAAGAUUACUAAACAGAUAAGGCAUUUGUCUGUUCGUUUCAGUACAUACAAUCUUAUGAUAGAAUUCUAUCGUUCUAUCUUCCUUGUGCAGCCUAACGCGAUUGUACCUAAGCAUUCUCCGAAGAGGGUUAGAUCGACAAUUCAGCUCGAUAAAUUGGAUAAUUUGAGUAAUGAAUGGGUUGAUUCUGAUUUCUUGAUCUUUAAUUCAGCUCAUUGGUGGACACCAACAAAGCUUUUUGAAAUGGGGUGUUAUUUCCAAAUAGGUGGGAAAUUGAAGCUUGGAAUGUCUCUUCAUGAUGCUUUUAGAACAGCAGUUACAACUUGGGGGAAUUGGAUUCAAAAUAGUAUUGAACCAAAUAGGACGAUGGUAUUCUUUCGAACAUUCGAAUCUUCUCAUUGGAGUGGGAAGACCUGCAAAGUGACGAAACAGCCUCUAGUAAGAACAAGAGGACGGGAACAUAAUUUGUUCUCUGAUAUUGUAAUGAAAUCGUUGAAGGAUUUGUCGGUUUCUGUGACUUCUCUUCGUGUAACACAAAUGGGUGCAUUUCGGAGUGAUGCCCAUGUUGGUAUUUGGAGCGAUAACCCGACUGUUGCAGAUUGUAGCCAUUGGUGCCUGCCCGGACUGCCCGAGACAUGGAACGAGAUCCUUUUUGCUUAUGUUGUAAAACAGGACGGAAUUUGUAAGUAUUUUAUUUUUCAUUGAGAAGGCUUAGAAUGUAGGUUAAGUUUUGGAAUACUUUGAAGCAUUGCAAUAAACCAAGUAUAAAUAAGUGCAAUUGGUCAUUCACAUAAUUAUAAUUCAAUUUUCAAAAGAAAUGUCAUAUAAUGUUACAUCCAUAGUUCCAUCCCCCGAGAAUGAUUCGAAUGCCAUAGUUAUUGUCUUUUUCUCGUUUAUGGGGUUUUUCUUAUUCACGUUUCUUGUUGUUGCCUUGUUUUGUUUGAUCUUAAGGAGAAGGCGAGAAAUUGAUCAGAAGACUUGUAUUGUUGGUGCUAUUGUCAAGGAUUCCCAUGGUUUCGACUUUCGAAAGAUGAUGAGUUGCGGAUGAAAGAAUUGUACGAUGAACAUGAAAAGUGGGGAAGUUGGUGGUGGGAAGAUCUAGAUCUCUAGUUCUAACCGCAACUUAGAACAUUAGUUUCAAAUAUCAGUUGUCUUCUUAAAUGAUUUGUAACUUGUGAAAAAGUUGUAAGUUGUAAAUGUAUAAUGAUUGUAAAUAUCAUCCUUGUGCAAGAUAAGUUCAUGUAUAAAUGAAGGGUUAAGUUUCUAGGUUUUAUUUUA